AUGGCGAGUCCACGUCAGACCUCCUUUAAAGUCCCCAUUCUCCUCAAGAACGAGUCCGCGCAUGACAUUGUAGUCCCAGCCCGUCGAACUCUGGCUGAACUUUCAAUCCCACUGUCCAUCUCUCCAUUGACUUCCACCCACAACAUUAAAGGAGAAGUACAAACCUCCAAUCAGACCAACACUAUGGCCCAGUGUUUCACAGCUGGUCAAGUGGAUCUUGAAAACUUGAUCAAGUUUGAGUUCACUGAUUCUCCGUUGUCAAAAGAAUGGAAAGACAGGAUUACCAGAAAGUUGAAUUCAAUCCCUGAAGUUUUUGCCAGAGGAGAUUGUGACUAUGGCCACACAACAGCGAUAAAGCACAAGAUCCGCCUUUCUGACCCAACGCCUUUCAAACAGAGGGCAAGGCCCAUCCAUCCAUCAGAUUACGAGGCGGUUCGUCUCCAUCUGAAAGAGCUGUACGAUGCAAACAUCAUAAGGGAGUCAGAGAGUCCAUUCGCUUCACCAAUUGUCGUUGUGAAAAAGAAAAAUGGACAAAUUCGCCUAUGUGUGGAUUACAGAAAAUUGAACAGCCAGACGAUUAAAGAUGCUUAUGCUUUGCCACACAUCGAGGAGGCGUUUGCAUCUUUGACAGGAGCAAAGUGGUUUUCUGUCAUGGAUUUAAAGUCAGGCUAUUAUCAAGUGGAGAUGGAGGAAGAAGAUAAGCACAAGACCGCCUUUGUCACACCGAUGGGUUUUUGGGAAUUUAAUAGGAUGCCACAGGGAGUGACCAAUGCUCCAAGCACCUUCCAGAGAGUUAUGGAAAAGUGUAUGGGCUCACUCAAUCACAGAGAAGUGCUGGUAUUCCUAGACGAUCUCAUUGUGUUCUCCAACACCCUGGAAGAACACGAAGAGCGGCUUUUGAGAGUGUUAAACAGACUAAAAGACUUCGGUCUCAAAUUGUCACCAGAGAAAUGUCAUUUCUUCAGGAAGACUGUACGAUAUCUUGGGCACAUAGUGUCAGAAAAUGGUGUGGAGACCGACCCUGAUAAGAUCACAGCACUUACCUCAUGGCCCCGCCCGAACAACAUCUCCGAGUUGAAGUCGUUCCUCGGAUUCACAGGCUACUAUCGAAGGUUUGUCAGAGACUACUCCAAAAUCGCAAAGCCUCUAAAUGAUCUGACAGCUGGAUAUGUCUCUGCAAAGAAAAAGAAACAUGAGAACACAGCAAAAGGUCAAAGGUCAUUCGUAAAUGCCGACCUAAAGAAACCGUUCAACGACAAAUGGACACCCUCAUGUGAGGAGGCAUUCAAAACCCUCAUUGAACGGUUGACAACAGCACCUGUCCUGGGGUUUGCGGACUCCAAGAAGCCAUAUAUACUCCACACAGAUGCUAGCUUGCAUGGACUUGGAGCCGCGCUGUACCAGGAACAAGAUGGUCAGCUGAAGGUCAUUGCUUAUGCCAGUCGAGGGUUAUCCAAUUGUGAGCGCAGAUAUCCCACUCACAAGCUUGAGUUCCUGAGCCUCAAGUGGGCAAUCACAGAUAAAUUCGCAGAUUACCUCUAUGGAGUGGAGUUCGAUGUGCUAACUGACAAUAACCCUUUGACGUACGUCUUGACCUCCGCAAAGCUAGAUGCCUGUGGUCAUCGCUGGCUUGCUGACCUGUCCAACUUCAAUUUCAACAUCAAAUACAGGGCUGGCAAGAAGAACCAGGAUGCUGAUGGGUUAUCAAGACGCCCACACACACCUGCAGAAGUUGAUGAUAGCGCAGCAGUUGAGAAUGAACGAGUGCGGCAGUUUAUGUCGAAAUUUCUGAAGGAGGGAAAUGAGGAAACUUUUCCUAAAGCGGCUGUCAAAGCCAUCUGUGAGAGACAUCAGCAGGACAAAUUCACUGAACCUGAGGAAGGAAGCGGUCACUUACCUGCUAUUGUGGAGUGUCUAGCCAUUGAUGAACGUGCUAUCUGCCCUGAAUAUGCUCAAGCUGACCUGCUUCCUGGAUCCACUACACUUCCCAGACUGUCUCAGCAGGAUUGGGCUGUGGAGCAGAGAAGUGAUCCUGCAAUCAGCAGAGUGAUGGACAUUGUCAGAGCAGGUAAGCGUCUCACUUAUCGUCUCCGGCAGAAAGAGGAAAGAGACGUGCAGUUGCUGCUCAGAGUUCAAGACCGGCUGAUAUUGAGUGAUGAGGUCCUGUAUAGGAAGUGCAAAGGUGAGGAUCAACCUACCUUCCAGCUCGUUCUCCCGAAGAAAUACAGACAGAUGGCGCUGAUGAGUCUCCAUGAUGACGUUGGUCAUUUGGGAUAUGAGAGGACAGUAGAUCUGGUGCGUGCACGGUUCUAUUGGCCAAGGAUGAGUUUAGAGGUUGAGGAGAAAAUCAGGAGAUGUGAAAGGUGUCUGCGACGUAAGGCAAGGGCAGAGAAAACAGCCCCUCUUGUCAACAUCAAGACCAGCCGGCCACUUGAGUUGGUGUGCAUGGACUAUCUCUCCUUGGAACCAGAUGGUCAUGGCACGAAGAACAUACUUGUGAUCACUGACCACUUCACAAAGUAUGCAGUUGCAGUACCUACUCCUGAUCAGAAGGAGAAGACGGUAGCCAAAGCUCUAUGGAGUAACUUCCUUGUGCACUACGGCAUACCUGAGCGCUUACAUAGCGACCAAGGCCGCAAUUUUGAAUCUGCUGUCAUCAAGAACCUCUGUGACCUCCUGGAAAUAAAGAAAUCAAGGACGACGCCUUACCAUCCGCGUGGCAACCCGGUAGAGCGUUUCAACCGGACCCUGCUCGCGAUGCUCGGAACCCUUGAAGAAGUGGAUAAAGUGAAGUGGCGUGACCAUGUGCCGCCAUUAGUCCACGCCUAUAAUUGCACAAAAAAUGACACCACUGGAUUCUCCCCAUAUCAACUAAUGUAUGGGAGACAACCAAAUCUGCCAAUUGACGUGGCUUUCGGAUUAAAUCCUGAAGGACAGAGGAAAGUCACUCACAGUGAGUAUGUGAAGAAGCUUCAGGAAACACUGGAGGAGAGUUACAGACUGGCUGUUGAGCACAGUGACAUGACUGCUCUUCGCAACAAACAGAGGUACGACUUGAAGGUCAGAGAAUCCACUUUACAAGUUGGAGACCGUGUCCUUGUGAAAAAUGUCGGGAUACGAGGAAAACACAAGAUUGCGGAUAAGUGGAGUCAGACGGUCUACAAGGUGGUGAAACAUAUCUGCGACUCCCCUGUGUAUGUGGUGGCUCCACUGACCUCCGAAGGCCCUGAGAGGACCUUACAUCGAGAUUUGCUCUUACCUUGUGGGUUCCUCGCACCUUCAGAACCAGCUCAAGUCGAUGACAUCUGUCAGAAAAGCAGGAAGGAGACAAUUGCCAGAACCUCUCAGAGAAAUCCAGUACCUGAAGUCGAGGAGGUGGAACAUCUGCAUGAUAGUGAUGAAGAGGUGGAAUUGCUCUAUUCAUCAGAAAGUCAAGGUGAAGUUACCUACCCAUCAUUCACUGUUGUGCAUGACAUUCCCAUUCCCAGAACAAAGAUUAAGCCUCCCUUGAACUUGGAUGUGAACCUGGAAGGGUCAAAUCUUAACCCGAGUGCUAGAGAAUUCCAUCCCCAACAAGAGGAAAAGGAGAAACACUCAAUCACAUCCCAGGUCCCAUGUGUGGAAGCAGAGGUGGAUAUUGACUUGCCUGCCGACCCCUUACCUGUCGAUGAUGUAAAUUUACCUGUGGAGGAAAUAGACAUACCUGCUCACUUAAAUGUGGAUGAGGGUCUAUCAGUACCUAAUGAACCAGUCACUGGAGAACCUGAAAAGGAAACUGACAACAAAGAACUGGAAAAUCAGACAGCAACGAGGGAGAGCAAAGGAGACAACUUCAGAGAGGAGAUUGGAAUGACUGAUACCAGUUCUGUUCAGAAUGAAGGAGAACUGGAGGCCAGAUGGCCAACCAGAACUAGAAGAGAGCCUGACAGAUUAUCAUACCAACGCCUUGGACACCCCUUGACUCUGGUCAUGCACUCUAUACUGCACAGUCUGGACAAAGUUUUCACAGAAGCCCUUGACUUGGCCAUUAAACCAAGUCGUUCACCUUCCUCUUAUACAAGCCCAGUUAUUGAUGUUUAA